AUGGCCAGGCUUCCUGGACGCGGCAGCUGCAAUCUGCUGGAGAUUGCUGAGCGUGUGAUCCAAUUGACCCACAAUAGCCGUGCCUUGUUGGAAGUGGUCUUCGAUGAUGAGACUGGCUUCGGGGACGGUGUGACGCAGAGUUUUUACACCGAUGUGGCAGCGGAGAUGUGCUUGGACACUGAAGAGAUGGCUGACCUUUGGGCCGAGCAUUUGCCAAACAGCCGUGUGCAGCAUCAGGGCAAGACCUUUCUGCAUUCUCGCCGUGGCCUUUUCCCACAGCCUCACGUCCCUGGCAGCCCCAAGUCCGCGGUGGCAUGCAAGCGCUUCCGCUUCCUAGGGCGUCUUAUGGCUAAGGCCUUGAGA